AUGAUGAAAAAAAUACUGAAUGGGGGAAAAAACGAAAACAAUGGUAAUAGUAUUGCAAAUAAUAAUUUCAAAGAUGGGAUAAAGAAAGUAAAAAAAAACAAAAAAAAAACGAAUGUUAACAAUGUAUUACUAGACCAAUUUCAUCACCGAAAUAAAAAUAAUCCCAAUUUAUUCUCAACCGGAAAAAAUGAAAAGGGUAAUUUAUCAAUGCUACAGGAGCAAUCAAACAUAAACACAAAAUUUGUUAAUUCCUUUGGGGAACGCAAAUCAGAUGGUACAUAUACUGGUUAUAUGCCUCCUCUUGGUAGUAGUAAUAGUAAUGUUAUGAAUGUAGAGUGGGGUGAAAAUAAUAAACCCGAUAUAGGGUCUGGUCCUAGCAAUAGGGUUGGCAAGAGCCUAUAUGAUUUAAGUAAAAUAAAAAUGAAUAAUAUUGGUAGAGAAGAAAAUACGAAUGAAAAUUAUAGUAGCAAUUAUAUGAAUAAUUAUAACAGUAAUAAUAGAAAUGCAAAUAAUAUGCUCAAUAGAACAAAAAAUCGAAGUGGUCAAACGCAUAAAAAGAUUAACAAAUAUGAAAAUAGUAUGUAUUAUCAAAAAUCUCCAAUGAAAUUAAAUUUGGCGUGUACAAAUCAAUUAAACAAGAAUAGAAAGAGUUUGUAUAAUUCUACUAAUUUUCCAAAUAAUAAAAUGAAAUAUGUAAAAAAUGAAAAUAAAUAUACUAUGGGUAAUAAAAAUAAUAACGUAAUUAAUAAUUUAUCACUACCAAGUGAUAUGAAUAGUUUGUAUAAGGACAAUAAUGUGAAUGCUGAAAAUAGUGAUACUAUAAAUUGGAAUGUGGAAAACAACCAAUCGAAUAUUAGCAGCAUUUAUAACGUAGGUGCAAGUGAUAAUAAGUCUCUUUACCGGUAUAAUGAAUUGUCGAAUGAUAACAAAAAUGCUAAUGGCACAUUUUUCAAUGGUAUUGAUAAUAAUUUGGAUACAUAUACCAAUCCAAAGAAAGAAUAUAUAAGCAAUAAAAAUAAUACAACGACUAAUACUUCAGGCAACGAUAUUGGGAAAAAAGAAACCACAAAAUCUGUUUAUAACUUUAUUAAAAAUAUAAAAGGUGAAAAUGUUGUGGAGGCUAAAGAUGGAAAGUGUUUAGAAAAACCAAAUCCCCAAGAAAUUGACAUUACACACUUGAUAGCAUACUGCGAAAAAUCAAUAGAGAUUUUAAGUAGAAAACUUGAACAAUUAUUAUUGGCUAAUGAUAAUGAAUAUAUAAAUUUAAUUAAAUAUAUAAUAGAUAUAUUUAAAAAUAUUAAUAUAAUUAUAGAUUUUAUAGAUGAUUCGUCAUGCCAUUUUAAUAUUUUCGGUAUUAUAUUAAAUUUGUAUUCUUAUUUGUGUAUAAAGAUGUUUGAAGAAAAUUAUUUACUGAAAAUAAUUAAUUUAAAAUGUUUUGUUUUAAUGUAUGAAAUUUUAAUUAAAUUGAAGAAACAUAUUUUUAAUUUGUCUUGUGUGUUUACUUUAUAUAUAAAUUUUUUAAAAAGUAAUAUGGAGGGUAUUGAUGUUUUAAAAAAAAAAUAUAACAAUUAUAAGCCAAGGUUUAUAGAAUAUGAUAAAAAAAUAUAUAAAAAAAUGUUGAAUUCGUUUUUAACUAUAUUUGCAUAUUUUUCAGAAAAUGAAAUAAAUGUUGUCAAAAUUGAGGCGCUAAAAUCGUUUUGUUACAUAUUAAAUAUAUUAUACCAAGAGAAAAAGAAAGAAAAGUGUAGAAAAGCAAGAAAUGGGGGAAAAAAAAAAAUAGAAAAUAAAGAUAAUAAUUGUAUAGAAGAAUAUGAAGAAGAAAUGGAUGAUGAAUGGAAUAACUCCGAGAAGGAAGAGAAUACGAAAAUAGAAGGAAAUGAAUCAACAGAAAAAAAUAUAAAAAGCACAGUUAAUGAUCCUACUAAUGCAAGUUCUGCCAAACCUUUAAAAAAAAAUUUUUAUUAUAUAUAUAAUAAAGAUAUAAUUAUUAGUUGUAUUGUUAAUACAAAAGGGAAUGUUUCCAAAGGUUUUCCAAACAAUAGAAUGAUAUAUUUAAAAACCCAUAACCGUAAUUUUUUUAACAAAAAUUAUUUUUCAACAUUUUUACACUUGGAUUAUAAAAAUGAAUUUGGUAAGAAUGAUGAUAAAAAGCGAAAAAAAAACUCAAACACAUAUUGGAAUAAAAAUAGCGAGCAAAAUGAAAAAAAACAAUUGGACAAAGAAGAGCAGAAUAAUACCAAUGAAAAUAUAAAUGAAGUUCCUAUAAAUGAAGAAAAUAAUAAUACAAAAAGUAAUAAUAACAGUGUGAAUGCUAAGAAUGCAAAAAAUAAAAGUAAAAAUUCGAUUUUAUUAAUAAACUUCGAAACGGUUUUUAACAGUGAACUAGCUCCUGGAUGGUUAUCAAAUAAAAUAGAUGAUGACGAUGAGACAAUUUUAAUUUAUGUAUUCAAGAUAUUUGAAUAUUUUAUUGAUAUUUAUCGUAAUAAAGAAAUAUAUACGGCAAUAAAAAAUUAUAUAAUAUUUUUUUUAAAUCAUAUUAAUAAUAAUAUAUUUAGCUAUGUAGCAUAUUUAAUUGUUAAAAUAUCACGAUUGAUACCAAUAGAUAGAACAUUUUUUAACAAAUAUAUUUCUGUCCUUUUGAAAAAUUUAAAUAAGGAUCGGCGUAAAAAUAUAUUCCUCAUGCUUUCAUAUAGUAGAUAUGAAAAAAGUGGCCUUGAGGUAGCAUUAAAUAUUUUAAUUAAUUUAUGUUUAUACAACUUUAAUUUCAAGACUAAUGUGCAUUUAAUGAAUCAUGAAGAAGAUAAUAAUAAUUCAUUAAAAAAUGAUAUGGAUGAAUAUAAUAUGAACGCACACAUAUAUAACUCUAAAUCAGAUUCUUUUGAUGCAUCUAAAAAGGAUUCGAAUCCAAUAGAUGAACAUGAAGUAUAUCUAAUUGAUCAUAUGAUAUAUAAUAACAAAGAAUGGUAUUAUAUAUAUAGCGUGAUACUAGUUUUGUCGUUUAAAUAUUCCGAUUUAAUUUAUUCUUUUUUUUUUAAUAAGUUUCGAAAUAAAUAUAUAGAAAAUUCGUAUAUUAAUGUUCCUUAUUUAAAUUUAUUUGAACGGUCCUAUAGAUUCUGUUACUACACUUCAAACAAAAUAUUAUAUGACAAAUUUGAAAAAUACCACAUAACGGGUUCAAAAUGUGUGAAUUUAUUUGAGUUAGAUCGAGAAAUGGCAUGGGGGAAGUAUGAUAAAAGAUAUAACAAAAUUGGAGAAAAUAAUGACGAAAUAAAUUGUAAAAUGAAUAGCAAUAAUAAUCACAGUUACAUUUUUAUGAACGAAAAUAAAGAAAAGAAAAAUGAUGAAUUUUUGAUUAAUGAUAAGAAGUGUAUUGAUAAUAAGGGGAUUGGUGAUAUAAUUCCGAGAGAAAAUAUAUCGCCUGAACUGUUAUAUCAUCAGAUGUAUUCAUUUUUAGAAUAUCCGCAUUGUAUAAAAUUGGAUAUAAGUUCAAAGGAAAGUAAUUUUUGCUAUGUAUAUGUUUUAAGUGUGUUAAAUAUACUUUUUAAUAAGGAUGCCCCAUUUUUCAAUGAAAAUUGUUUUUUUUUUAAAAAAAAUAUUUGGGAAUUACUACAUGAUCAAACAAAUUUAAAAACAAAUCAUUUUUUAGAUUAUCUUAUAGCUUUUAAAGAUUAUGAUUUUUUUUAUAUUGAUAAUAGUAACGAGUUGAUAGGCAUGCUUGACUUAAUAAAUUAUAAUGAUGAAAGUAAUUACACGAGAAGAAAAGGAUUAAUAAAAAGAGGCAAGUCUGAUAAACUUAGUCAAUGUGGAAGUUCUAUAUAUAGUAGCAGUGAUAGUAUGUUUGGCGAUGUAAUUAAAAAUUUAGAAGGAAAAAAGGAUUGUAGUAAUAUUUCAAAGUUAAUGAAUAACGAGAAAAAUGAUAAAAAAAAGGAAAACCCAAAUUUAAGCAUCAAUAAUAUUAAUAAGUUCAAAAAAAUAAAAGACUUUGAGAUAGAGAAAGCAGGACAGAUAGUCGAGGAACCUAUUCACGAAAGGAAUAAAAGGAAUAUGAUAUAUUUUAAACAAGGUUACAUGAAAUAUUCGAAAUUUAUUAGUGAUAAUAUUAAUGAACAUAUUAUUGGUAAUAUAUACUUUUUAAGAUAUUUGAAAGAAAAUUUUUCUCAUUUUCAAAAAAAAAAUAAUAUAUAUUUUAUAUACAGCUAUUUUUUAAAAACAUUUAUUACGGAUGUGUCGAUAUAUGGUAUAAUAUAUAGUAAUAGCGUUGCAAACUAUUUUUACAAAAGAAUGUUAAAAGGUGUACUAAAUAACGACUUAAUUUAUGGAAAUAAUAUGACUAUGAAUUCAAUAAAUUGGGAUAAGCUGGGAAUAGAAAUUAGUAGUAAAUAUAAGAAUAAAAUAAAAAGACCAGGAUUAAUUCAUAACACAUAUAAUGUGAACGAAUAUUUCGAAAACAAUAAGAAAGAUCAUUAUGAUAAUCAUUUUAAUUAUCCAAGAUAUGAUAUUGAAGAUAAAAGGAUGAAUUUUGAUAAAAACAUAAAUGAUGUAGAUGUAUGGGGGGAGAAGGAAAAUGUUAUUAAAAAUUGUUUGAGAAACUUAAGCAAUAAAUUUGGAAAUAAUUUUUUACAUGAUUUAAAUUGCAAUAAUGUGGGUACAGAUAAUAUUAAAACAUUUAUAGAAGCCAUAAAUCAUAAUAUAGCAAAAGAACAUAAAUAUUUUUCAUGUAAUAAUAUAAAUUUUCGAUUUAUAAAAUCAAAGAUAAAAAUAUUCAUGAAUGAAAAGGAUAUGUAUGAAUGGAAAAGGUAUACAAACGUAGUAGAUUUUAAAAGUAAAUAUCGAGAAUAUUUUUAUCAUAAAAAGGUUAUAAAUAUAAAUCAUAGAAUUAAUAAAAAUUUAGUUAAAAUUUAUUAUUUGUUUAAUGAACAUUAUUUUCGUUCAACAGAUAUAUCCGAAAUACUUCGUUUUUUUUUAAACAAAAUAUAUGAUGAAAAUAACAUAUUAUUCUCAAAGUUGAAUGAAUAUUUUGGUAAAUUUUCAAAUAAUGGUGAAACUGAUGUGUAUAAAUUUAAUGUAGAAAGGGAACACACUUCCAAUGUGGAAUUAAAUCAGAUGGAAAAUGGAAGAAAUGUGAUAUUCAGUAAAAACUGUCAGUGUAGUGUGUGUAACCAAAAUAAAAAUAGAAGGAAGAUAAUAAACUUAAGUAACGAUUUAGAGCAUUUAAUUACUGGAUUCAAUAAAUUUAUCCAUAAGCACGUAGAACAAAAUACUAGAAAUGAGAACGAAAAUACAUAUACUAUAAAUGUUAUGAUAAAUAAAGUUUUAAAAAAUAUAUUAAAACAUAUAAAAAAUAAGGAUUUUAUAAAUUAUGACAAAUGUAUAAAAUUUUCAUUCAAAUUCGUAUCCUUUUUUUUUGUGAAAAUUUAUUUUUGUAUUGAAAUAGAUCCAUAUUUUGAAAUUUUUGAAAAUUAUUAUGAUAAAGAUUUAGGAAGCAUUUUAUUUUUGUUACCAGAUCAUGUAAAACAGUUUUUUAAUCACCUAUUAUUGUAUAUUGAAUACGAAGAUGGCUAUCAUAUAAUGGAUACACAAAGUGAAACGCAAAAUAGUGACGAAUCGAAAAUUAAUGAAAUAAUAAAAAGAAAAAUAUCAAAUAAAAGAAUGGAACAAACAAAUUUCUUAACGUACAACUUUGUUGUUGAAAAUGUUUUGUUAGAAGAUAGUUCUUUAAAACAUUUAAAAAAUAUAAAUAAAACAAAAGUAAAAAAUUCGUUAUUUGCUAAGAGAAAAAAAAACAAUCCACCAAAUCAAAAUGUUGUGAAUGAUUCAUGUUUUAAACUGAAUCCAAAAUAUUUAAAUCCUUCUAAUGAUCAACAUUAUUAUGAUAGAACUUGGAGUACUAAACCCAAUUAUAGCAAAAUGAACAAAAAUGUGAAAAAAAUAAAUAUACCGAAAUACAUCAAAAUAGAUACUACAGAAUGGAAAAUAAAACGUAGUAAAAAUAGCUAUUAUGAUCAUUGUAUAAAUGGAUAUAUAAAACCUUUUAAAAAUUUCAUAAAUAUUGAAUUAAAAAAAAAUAUUGAAGUUAAUUUUGAUUAUUCCUCUACCUUGCCUACAAAAUGUAAGGUUACUUUUUGCUACUAUUAUUUUAAGAAUAAUGAAUUUAUUUUAUUUCCUUUGUCUAAAGUGAAACAAAUAUAUGUUCAUACAUUAAACCAAUGA